CUGCCUUCAUCCUGCCUCCCACUCUCAAGUGGGAUGCUGCACAAGCUACCAGCAGGAAUGGGAGGGCAGAAGGCUUGUCUCCAGAAGAGCCAGUGGGUACUGCCCCCUGCCCAUUUGCCAUCUGGAAAUGGAACUUUCCUACCAGUGCAUAGCAGAGGGCCGUGCCUGCCCGGUGCAUUCAGUGGGUACAUAGGAGCAGAACAGAAUUUUCCCUCAGGAGAGAUCAUCGGGGGACAUGAGGCCAAGCCCCACUCCCGGCCCUAUAUGGCGUAUCUUAAGAUCGAGAAUAAGAAUGAGCAGGUUUCGUGUGGUGGGUUCCUGAUACACAAGAAUUUCGUGCUAACCGCCGCGCACUGCCACGGAAGCUCCAUCAGGGUCAUCCUGGGGGCCCACAACAUCAAGAAACAGGAGAUGACCCAGCAGGACAUUCCGGUGAGAAAAGCCAUCCCCCACCCAGACUAUAAUCCGAAGAACUACUCCAACGACAUCAUGUUACUGAAGCUGGAGAGAGAGGCCAAGCAGACUGCAGCGGUAAGGCCCCUCCGCCUGCCCACCGGCAAGACCCGGGUGCGGCCAGGACAGGUGUGCAGUGUGGCCGGCUGGGGGCGGGUCAACGCCAAGAUACGCACGUUCUCAGAUACUCUGCAAGUAGUGAGGCUGGCAGUGCAGGAGGAUGGGCAGUGCAAAUCCCUCUUUCCCAGUCAUUACGACCGCACCAUUCAGCUGUGCGUGGGGGACCCAAUGGAAGAAAAGUCUUCCUUUCAGGGAGACUCUGGGGGCCCUCUCGUGUGUAACAGUGUGGCCCAGGGCAUUGUCUCCUUUGGACGCCGAAAUGGGACACCUCCACGGGUCUAUACCAAAAUCUCAACUUUCCUGCCCUGGAUAAAGAAAACCAUGAAAAGCCCCUACCUGCAGGAACCAGACUAUUUGCUCUAGAGCUGAUCCAGAAUCACGCUGCGGAGGGUGGCAGGAAAGGUGCCAGCAAUCAAAUAAAUGUCUCUUACCUGAGUAUCAGCCAUCAAAUAAAUGUCUCUUAACUGACUGUGAA